AUGUUUGAAGAACAUCCAAUGUUAAAACGAGCAGCAGUUGAAUGUAUGUGUAAUUUAGUUGUUCAAGAAGAAAUUGUGAAAUAUUUUACAGGUGAAAAUGAUCGUAUUAAAUUAUUAGUUUUAUUAUGUGGUGAAGAAGAUGAAUUAUUAAUAAAAGCAGCUUUAGGAACAUUAGCUGUUUUAUCAUCAUUACAAGCUGAUCUUGAAUAUAUAAAAGAUUUAAAUUUAGAAGAUGAAGAACGUAAACGUUUAAAUGAUUUAAUUCAUAAUAAUCGAAUUAUAUGUGAAAAAAUACUUGAUGUUAAAUCAUUUACUAAAAUUUUUAAACAAUUAUGUGCUUGUAAUAAUCCGGAUUUACAAUUUCGAACUUUUUAUAUAAUUCGCAAUAUAGUUAAAACUAAUAAAGAACUUGCAAUACGUAUUGUUGAAACAGAAUUAAUGGACAUUUUAUUUGCUAUUAAAGAAAUAAAAGAUGAUCGGCUAGUCAAUGAAAAGAAUCGUAAAAUAGCUUCCGAUAUUGUUGAACUUUGUUUGAAAUAUGGCCUUAUUCAACGGAGUAAAGAUCAUACAAUCAAAGAAGAAGAUGAAACAACUCUUACGAAUUAA